AUGUGCUCGGCUUCUUUCCCCCCGCCUGAGGGGAUGUCAUCCUUUUGGAGGACCCAACUCGGCUACCUCGAUGACUUUCGCUCAACUGCAGAGCUCCCAACACAUGUAGAUAUUGCCGUUAUUGGUGCUGGAUACUCUGCAGCAUCUAUUCUCACACAUGCUUUGGCAACAACUUCGGCUGAGGACAGGCCAUCAAUUCUUGUCUUAGAAGCUCGGCAGUUAUGCUCAGGAGCAACCGGCCGAAACGGUGGCCAUCUCAAGCCGGAUUCGUAUAAUGCAAUCGCCGCAUAUGCAUCGGAAUAUGGGAUAGAAGCCGCGGCAGAAGUCGCUUCAUUCGAAUCGGCAAAUGUCAAAGCUGUCACUGAAUAUAUCCGACAAAAUAAAGUUGAUUGCGACUUUGUACUAACUAGGGCGGUCGAUGUUCAACUUUCCACUGGCCAUCAACGUCGAAUCAAAGAAGGUUAUGAUAAACUUAUUGCUGCCGGACUCGAGCCAACAAAGGAUACCUUCAGCAUUGAAGGGAAGGAUACAGAAAUGUUGUCCGGCGUCAAGGGCGCAAAGGGAUGCUUUACAUACACGGCAGGCCAUCUUUGGCCCUACAAACUUAUCCAUCACAUGUUUUCAGAAGCAAUCCGCGAAGGAGUCAACUUACAAACCAAUACGCCAGUUCUUUCUGUCUCCGAGACUCAAUAUGCCAGUGGCCAAUGGACCUUAAGCACCGGCAGGGGCGAAGUCAGAGCGCGAAAGGUCGUAUUUGCAACGAAUGCCUACACGGGCUCACUACUUCCUGAAUACAAAAGUAAGAUCAUUCCAUAUCGAGCUGUAUGCAGUCGGAUCAAAACCACGGCGCCACAUCCUCUCCUCAAUAAUACCUACGCGCUUCGAUUCUCGGACUGGAACUUUGACUACCUAAUUCCUCGGUUGGAUGGAAGUAUCAUAGUCGGCGGAGCUCGAGAUGCAUAUAUUAGGUCUGUUGACUCAUGGUAUGGGAAUGUUGAUGAUACUCAAGUCAUCCAUGAAGCGCUAUCCUACUUUGAUGGCUAUAUGCAGAGGCAUUUUCAUGGAUGGGAGGACAGUGGAGCGUAUGUCGAUGAUAUAUGGACCGGAAUCAUGGGGUACUCAUCCGACAGACUUCCUCGACUAGGACCUAUACCUGGUCGACCAGGCAUGUUUAUCAUGGGGGGCUUCACUGGCCAUGGAAUGCCCCAAAUAUUCUUGUGUGGGCAGGCGAUGGCGAAGUUUCUCCUCAAGGACGCUACGUUCAAGGAGACUGGUUUGCCUCGAUUGUUUGAAGAAACGCAGGCUCGUCUGGAAGAUCCGAGGAAUAGGGCGCUAGAGCUGUACGCUUCUGUCCUCAACCCUUCAAAAUUGUAG